GUUCCGUGUUGCCCUGCACAAGAUGCGUCGCCAUGUGAUUGUUAUUUGUCAACCCAAGAGGGAUUAGGGACCAUAUAACUGCACCACGCAUUUAUAUAAUCGGGUCGAUGCGUCAUCAGCUCAUCAAUCGGCACCAUGCAUGACUGUUAUUCCUAUUAUUUGUAGCUUGAGAGCAGCAGCAAAAUCAGCGGCGGCCCGACGGGAAAUGGAGGCGCCGGCGCAAGACCAUCGCCGCCUCAUCGCGCCCCUUGCUCUGCUGCUCGCCGCGCUCUUCUUCGCUGGCGCGCCGUCGGCGGCGGCACGCGGCGCCGCCGGCCUCCACCCGGUCGUGCUGCUCCCGGGCUUCACGUGCAGCCAGUUCGACGCGCGCCUCACCGACGCGUACGAGCCCCCUCCGGCGUCGCCGGGCUGCGGCGCCCGGAGGCAGGGCCGCGGCUGGUUCCGGCUGUGGGAAAACUACACGGCCCUGCAGGCGGACCCCGCCCUCCUGCCGUGCUACCAGGACCAGCUCCGCCUCGUGUACGACCCCGCCGCCGGCGACUACCGCAACGCGCCCGGCGUCGAGACCCGCGUCGUGUCCUUCGGCACCACCCGGAGCUUCCGCUUCGACGACCCCGCCCAAAAGGACGCGUGCAUGGAGAGGCUCGUGGAGGCGCUGGAAGGCGCCGGGUACAGGGAGGGGGCGAACCUGUUCGGCGCCCCCUACGACUUCCGGUACGCGCCGGCGGCGCCCGGCGCGGCGUCGGCGGCGUUCUCGGCGUUCCGCGCCAGCCUGACGCGGCUCGUGGAGCGCGCGAGCGCGAGGAACGGGAACCGGCCGGCCAUCCUCGUCACGCACAGCUUCGGCGGCCUCUACGCCACGGAGUUCCUCAACCGGGCCCCGCUGCCGUGGCGCAGGAGGCACGUCAAGCACCUGGUUAUGCUCGGCCUCGGUGUCGGCGGCUCCCCGCUGAUCCUGCAGGUCCUCGCCGCCGCCGCCGCCGCGCCGAGCCCGCCACCGGCGACGCUGCGGGGCACCGUGCUGGCGUUCGGGAACAGGAGCUUCGGGAGCACGUUCUCCCUCCUGCCGUCCCCGAAGGUGUACGGCGCCGCGCCGCUGGUGGUCACGCGGGCCAGGAACUACACUGCCGAGGAGAUUCCGGAGUUCCUCACGGCGGCGGGCUACUCCGACGACGAGGUGGCGCGCUACCGCACCAGGGCGCUGCCCGUGACGCUCAACUUCAGGGCGCCGCUCGUGCCGAUGACGGCCGUCAACGGCGUCGGCGUGCCGACGGUGGACAAAGUCGUGUACUGGGAUGGUAACUUCACUGAGAUGCCGCGAGUGGUGAACGGGGACGGCGAUGGGAUCGUCAACUUGGAGCAGGUGCUGGCCUUGCAAAGGUUUGUUGGGGAUGACCCGGAUCAGCCGUACUUCAAGUCAGUUUUGAUCCCCAACAUGACGCACAACGGCUUGGUCUCAGAUGAGCUUGGGCUCAGAUCCGUGAUUAAGGAAAUCAUGGAAGCAAACCGAGCAACUUCUUUUUAACUGGGGACACUGGAAUAUUAAGUGCUGCGAUAGUAUUUCACAGGGGAAUAAGUUAUGCGUAUGAACAUUUAGAUAUGUACACUAGUCUGGUUGCCCUUGAAUUCACUUUAAUAUAAAAGAUAUUAGAUUUUAC